GAAAAAAGUUAGGUUAUAUAUCUAGGUUUAAAAGAAGUAAGGUUAUAUAUGUCGCGUGAAAAACAUAAAUAAACAAACACGCUGUAAUCAAGUUCCUUUCAACUAAAAAACAUGGAAAAUUCGAGCGAAUGCCAGUUGCAAAUUCGCCUAAUUACCACCCAGGACAGUUACGCUGUUCCGGAUGUGCCCUUUUCCGUGCCUACCAACAUAGACACCAAGGGCCUAAACGAGCUCCUAAACCAAUUAUUAAAAGAGAGCAACGCCGACUAUCUUAAACCUAAAGAGUUCGAUUUUCUGGCCAUAAAUGAACUUAUCAGGACUCCUCUGUUCGAACAUCUCCAAGAGCGGAAUGUUUCCAGUGAAGCCACUAUUGAUGUGGAGUAUAUUGAAAGGACACCCGCGCCGGAGCCACAGGAGAGUAUUCUGCAUGACGAUUGGGUGUCUUCGAUACAAAGUACUGAAAAAUGGAUUCUUACAGGAUGUUAUGAUAAUACUGUAAGCAUAUGGACCCACCAUGGUAAACCAGUGGCGUCCCUAAAAGAUCACACUGAAAUAGUGAAAGGAGUCACUUGGAUAAACAAAAACGACCCAUCAAAAGGCUUUAUUUCUGUAUCGCAUGACCAAACUGCGAUAAUUUGGUCUUGGGAAGAAGGCACCGAUAACGCCCUUCCAAAAAUCCAUUUGAGGGGACAUGAAAAAGGAAUCGACAGUGUGGGAAUGAGUCCUAAUGGGAAACGAGUGGCCACCGGAGGUUGGGACACCAAUUUAAAAAUUUGGUCUGCCUCUGUGGAAACUGAAGAUAGUGGUGAACCGACCAGUAAAAAGUCAAAAGGGAGUAAAAGUUUAGCCACAAGGACCCCUUUGCAUACAUUGAAGGGGCAUAAAGAGAGUAUUUCUUCCAUUAAUUGGGUGGAUGAGCAUAAUGUCUGUACUGCCUCUAUGGAUCAUACAAUUAAGUUUUGGGAUUGUGAGCUCUAUGGAAUCUCCAAUGAGAUAGUGGACCAGAAGGCAUUUUUAAGCUCAUCUUGGUCCAAUUUGACGAAAACCUUAUUGGCGAGUUGUGCCGACAGGCACAUAAGGCUUUACGACCCUCGUUCUACCGAGGGCACCAUUUGCAAAACCAUGUUUACUUCACAUAGCAUGUGGGUCAGUAGCGUCUCAUGGUCAAAAUACAGCGAAAAUCUAUUUUUAAGCGGCAGUUACGAUUCGACGGUGAAAAUGUGGGAUACGCGAAGCCCCAAGGCCCCGUUAUACAACUUGCAAGGUCACGAGGGUCAAGUUCUGGCAGUCGAUUGGUCCAAUAAUAAAUAUUUGAUUUCCGGAGGUUCUGAUAACUGUGUGCAUAUUUUUAAGAAUCGACAUGUCCUUUAAUAAAUUGUGCUUGCUGUUUA